AUCAUUGCAUCCCGGUAGUUUUUGUGUCUCUCUGUAUUGAUAGAAGUUCAGUCAGAGAUAAUUACAAACUAGUAACUACUAAAAACUUUAGCUAAUUAAUGUAGACUAACCAGUUCUUGCCUUUUGUUUAUAGUUGUUGUUCUUUGGCAGCCAGCAGUCAAAAUAAUAGUAAUGCGUGACUAUAGCUAUAGCUUGGCUUUGAAACCUGUUCGAGCUAGGCUAACGAGAAACUAGCCAACGACACCGAAAAGUUAGCGGUUUGCUAACUAGAAAGUAAGCUCAUGCUAACCAAUUGCUUUGCUAGCUAGUUUGAAAGGGAAAUUAGUCACUUUACAUUUCUUAACUUGUUCUAACGAUAGCUAACGAUAGACAAGGCUCCUUUAUUCUAGCUAGAUUUAAGAAUGUCACUGAGCGCUGUCCACUCAACGGUGUCCAGCCUAAAAUCAUGUCAGACAGAUAUCGGAACAGGAAUGGACAUUAUUACAAAUCUUGCACUUGACUUGGUUGAAUCGCAGGAAGGUGCAGAAAACUCAGACCUAAAAAAACUGGAGGACAUGAUGGUGGACUGUGCCAGACUGGACAGAGAGAUCAACUGCGUUGAUGAGGUCGUUCACCACAUAACAACCGAGGCCAGACACCAGCAGUACCCUGAAGCUUUGUUUGCCCUGAGUGACCGGGUGAGAGACCAGUAUACUGAGGCUAUGAGCAGGCUCUCUGAUGCUGAGUUACAAAACCACGACAAGGUGGUCAGCUUCAAGGAGAGCAUUAGAAGUUCCAUAAAACAAGCCAAUUCAAACACAGCAGAGGAUACGGAGGAGGAGCUUGACGAAGACAUUGCUGUGACACAGAGUCAAGUGAACUUCAUUUGUCCCCUCACUCAGGUGGAGAUGAAGAACCCAGUGAAGAACCGGAAAUGUUGCCAUUACUACGACCAGGAAGCAGCUCUGAGCAUGAUCAAGACCAAACACGAUAACAGGAAGAAAUUCCGUUGUCCAAAGGUGGGCUGCAACAACACAGACGUGAGGAAGGAGGAUUUGAUCUUGGAUACCAUGAUGAAGAGGAUGAUUCAGAAAAAGCAGAACUCAAAGACAUGAAAUGUGAUUCCUGGAAUGUUUAUUUUAUUAAAAGUUUCAACAUUGGAGACUGUUCUGUUUGUAACAUAAGUAUCUUUUUCUUUUUUUACAAUGUAAAUUAGAUUUCUGUUUUCAAGGGAGAAACAAAGUUGUGUCCUUAAAAUAAAGUUCCUAAUUAAAGAAGCAACUCAUUUCACUCCACACAAAAAAGUUGUGUGUGGAACUUAUCAGUAACUAACCUUUGUAUUAGUCCGUAGAGAUUGCAGUUAGCAAAUGUGACCACUGGAUGGUAGUGUCUUAAUAGGUUUGUAUCUGAUAUGUCAAAUUAGUCAUAAUUAAUAAUUAGUCAAUUAUUUCUAACAGAAAAUAUUCAUGUAAUUAUUAAAAUGUGAAACGAUGGCUCGAGUUAUGCUUUAUUACCAUUUAAUGAAUACAACAGAUAUUUUGUGAAUGAAAUCUAGGAAUCCACUUGUCUGAUUUAAAUCUCUCUCCUUCUGACCCAUUCAGAUUUUUUAUCCAACAUUUAAAAAAAUAAGCCGAUUGUUGAGAUGAAUCUAGGUGAAGCUAAUCUUUUAACAAUCUUACAAUAGUGUUAUGAUUUCAGCUGCCUUCCUCUCUUUUUAGAAAAGGAAUGUUAUGCCACACCAAUCGCAGCCUAAGAUAGUUGGCAGUCAAGACUCUUAAAAUGAUUAGUCAUUCAUUCCUAUUUUCUGGGUCACUUUGAAUUAGGUUCUGCCAGUUGCCAAACUACAUUAAGUUUGAGCUGGGAAAAUGGCAGCCUGAAGAAUUUAUUUUGGAUAAACUAUCCCAAAACAUGUGCCCAUAACAUCAGCCCCAUUCCUCUGUAUCUGGGUGGGGUUUUUAGGCUGCUGGUUCAUGUCAGGGUUGGGAGAAAGUGAAGGAAUGUAUUUCAGAACAAAAGAAAUGACGUAGGACGUUUCUAUCUUCCCCACUAUUCCCUCCUGCUUUUCUUCCUCUUUCCCAACCCCCGCUCCCCAACCCUCCCCUCCUUUUGGUCUUGUUAACCUCAUCAUUGACUUGCACCACUACCCUUGACACCACUGGAAUGCAAUAGAUAGCAUGUGCUGUGGGAGUAUCUGCUGACCUUGAGGUGUUGUUGUGUGCUGUUCCACCUGGUAGCUGUGUGUACAAUAAACUUCUAGCAUGUUCAGUUACUGGUAUA